UCCGUUAGAGUUCAAAAAUAAACACAAUUCAAAAGUUUGAAUGAAAAAUGGCGCCAAAAAAGGGGAAAAAGGGCGCGGCAGUUAAACCGGAAGAGGACCUGGGCAACCAUCCACAGCCGCCGAAUGUCUUCCUGUACAUCCAACUUGCCAGGAUCAGCAAUCUGCCGCAAACGCGGCAUCCACUCGAGAUUCACAUCAGUCAAGGAGACAGUUUGAUCGUCAAAUGCGAUGAGCACUACAACACGGAUGGAAUUAUAGUGCAGGGCGAGUUCUACGGCAAGCCCACAUUCACGUUGAUCUUCCAGCAGGACAAUGUGGACAGGAUCAAUCAUGCGGCGGACAAUCCCCUCCUGAUUCAAUUUUAUAUGAGGGUGUUUCCCGGUACGGGUGACUUUUUGUUGGACGAAACAGAGGACGAAAUGUUGGAGGAGGAGGAUGCAGACAAUCUGGACUCCGUGGACUCCGAUUUCGUUUCUUCUGCGAUAGAAACAACGGAGACAAUGAAGCUGCAACUUCUAUGUGUGGGCUAUCUGGACGUGAUCAAGUUGUUUGGCCAUCGACGCAGCAUGAUCAGUGAGCAACUCUUUCUUUAUCCCAUGCCGGAUGUGUCCAAUGAACUGAGAUGCACCGUUCACACGGAGUGGCAUCUCUAUACCCUACUGCCCAUUGCCAAAAUGUUGACCUUCACCAACAUGACCUUCGUGACCUUUGAGAGCAUCUACAAUUUGAAAGAGGAUUAUAUUCUGGAUCUGGAAUCCUUAAGGGUUCGCCUGAGUUUUCGUUCCCGACUGCCCAGUGAACGCAAUGACUACACAUUCAUUCCGCUCUGUGAAUUCGGGAAUUUGGAGCGAAAGGUGAUCGGCACGCAGGAUAAUCACCAUGUCUUCGAGUCCUUCCGGCAGCGAGUGUGUCCUUGGAACGUGACCGGCUUGAAGUCCGCCAUGGAGGUGGAAAUGCAUCGCAUCUUCUCGGAACUGUUCUACUCCGAGGGCCUCACCGUGGACUUUGAGGAAAUCGAGCAGGUGGUGGACGAGGCACUCGUCUGCAACUCCUUCCACCGCUUCAUCCUCACACAGAAGAUGGCCGACAUCCUGUCGCUUGCCAUCACCUGUCAGCAAUAUGUCCUGGCAGUGGAGGUGUUCCAAAGUCUGCAUGGCACCGCCAAGCCACAGAAAGUUUUCCAGGGCGUUCUGGAUCCCUCUAUAAUGGCCUUUCCGGGCGUGCAAAACAUGAGGUUCGCUGUCCAGCUGGACUACCUGGGAAAGCUAAAGGCCAAAAAGCAGAUAAGCGAGGGCAGCGUGAAGAGUUUGGAACGCCAAAGAGUGCUGCCCACGUUCGCCAUUAUCAAAUUGUGCCUUUUAGCGCCGAUUGGGGAGAUCUACAAGGAACUUAAAGUGUUCCGCGAUAGCUUCAUUCGCCAGAAUCGCCUGCUCUUCUGCGAUGCUCCCUACAAUGCCCAUAAAGCGCUGACACUUUCUGAAAUCCAAAUGGAAUCCUACGCCCGCUUCGACAAAUUCAUCCGGGAUUGCAUAGCUUUCAUUAUCGACAAGAAGGUGAUGAAGGUCGAGGAUAAAAAGCAACACUUUUGCUGUGCCGUUCAAAACUUGACCAAUAUCCUGAUGAAAUUGGUGGGCAGUGUCUACAAUACGAGGACUCCCACUUCGACAAAUGUGGAAUUUGCGAAUCUCUGCAGUACGGCCUACAACGAUUUAGAACCUCGUAUCCAUUCCAUUGUGGAGAAAAUUGAGAACGAAGGCUUUGAAAAUUAUUCAGUCAAUAAGCAUAUUCAAAUAGAGCGAAUCAUCGACUACUUGAACACCAUCAAGUUACUAAGUUUAGUGAAUGAUGACAGCCUGGGCAAUCUUUUGCUUGAGAAGGCUACCACCGAGUUUCCUUCGGACGAACGCUUUUGGUUCUACAUGCUUAUCGCGAACAUGGAGCGUGGAGAACUGGACAAAGCUAAGCUCUACUUUAAUAAGAAUCACCUGGCGGAUGCCCAUGAAUAUUUUGCGGGCUGGAUUAAAUUGUACAUCAACUAUGUGGACACUCGCGAUAAUCCGGAAACAUCAGCUGAUUGCACGGAGUGUCUGUUGAAGAGCAUUACCAGCUAUGCUGAGAAGAAUCCUCGACAGCAGGAUGCCUGGAUCCUGCUAUACUGUUAUUACAAACGAUUUAAGUACGAACCGGGAUGUGCUUUCGCCCGCUGGCGAUUCGAGGAUCAGCAUUCCACCAGCAAGGUCAGCAAGUCCGAGGCUCCUCACAGCCUUUGGGGUCUCUUCCUAUCCCUGAACAUCACAUUUCCAUCCAGUCGAGGAAGCCUCAUCUACGACGUCUUCAAGAUCUUUGUGCGCCUGGGACUCUACGAAUUUGCUCAGGUUGUUUUUGCCACCGUGGAGCAUCUGGUUAGGGAUGCGGAUCGAUAUAUGAUCAACACUCAGUUGGCUCUGAUGCUCAACCAACUGGAUGAGGACUUUGUGCCACAGAGCUUUGAAUUUGGAGAAGAAGAGGGAGCUGAUCAAUUGGCCGCCAUGAAUGCUCAGGUCAAUGGAAAUGUGGAGUAUUACCGAGGAAAUCUGGAAGAAGCGGCUCUCUACUACGAAUGCUGUUUGACCCUGCCACCUCCAGAGGUCAAUGAACGUGACUACUUCGAGUUGAGCAGAUUGCGCCUCGGAUAUAUAUCCUAUGAACUGGGCGACUACCAUAAAUGCAUCGAAGCCCUGAACUUUACGUUCGCCGGAGAGUUGCUGACCGUCGUGGCAGACUAUAUGAUAGGAAAAGCUUAUUACAAAUUGGAUCACUUGGAGAUGGCCCUCCAGUGCUUUGCCAAAUCCACCCGGAUUGAUACACAUGUGCCCAACGUUUGGGGAUUCCUGGCAUUGAUCAACCUGCGACUGGGCGACAACUAUAAGGCCAUCGAGUGCUGGAAGUACGCCAAAAUAGAGCCCAACCGUUCGAUUGAAGACCUUAUGAUCUACGAGGAACUGGAUGCCUUUGACUACGAUGCCGUUGACUUGUAUAUCGAUGCACCUGGUCAGUUGACCGAGGACAUUUUGGAGGAAACGCUGUCAGGCGGGUAGAGAUUGUAUAUAUAUUGUGUGUGUGUGUGUGUGUGUGUUUCGAAAACCCAUAAAGUCCAAAGC